UUUUCGUCUUCCCCAGAAAAUUGUGCGAUAUAUGUGAGAUUACGUUCAGUUCAUGAUGUUUCCACAUCAACAAGGACCUAAUUCUGCUUGAGACACGGCAUGCUGCCCCAGCGUUGGCUUUAUGGGCGCAUGCCAAUCUAGCAGCUCCACGAAAACUUCGAACCACAUUCCCACCAAUCGGCAGCAUUCCACGGGCAUCGACAUCGUCGUCAUGGCAACGAAGCGCGGCUCCGCACUCGGCAGCCGGAAGCAGGGCCCAGUCGCCGUCGGCAACGCGUCGUCGGAUGCGGCGCGACUCGCGGACAAGUACGAGUCACGCAUACAGUCACUGAAGGAGGGAGCGGCACGAUCAAAGGGGGCGCUGUCCGGGUUCCGUCGCUUCGGAUUCGGACGCAGCACAGCGCCGCCAUCCUUCCUCCGAAAACCCGCCGCCGUCGCCGCGGCAACGCAGGGCGGCGACAAGAACGCAAACACGGAGAAGAUGGCCGACUCGAACGGGAAGAUCGCGCACCAGGAGAGGGCGCCACCAGCGACGGCAAACGGGAGCCUCCCGCCGCGCGCGCCUCGCUCGGAAGCACAGAAGCCGGCGAAGGUCGACGCCGUAAAACCCGCGCCGGCGCCGAACCGACCGAUAUCGGACGGUCCCCGCUACGAUCAGCCCCCGGCGGCGCUCCCUGGCGGGAAGUCGGAGGUGGACUCUAACGUGAGGGUGGAGGCGGAGGCGUCGCGGCGGCGGCAGCAGCGGAUACCGGGCACGUCGCUGCUUCGUCCGUACCGACCGAUCGAGGUUAGCGUGAGUCGUGAUCGCGGGAGCACGCUCGCAGCGACGCGCAGCUACGUAGCGAAGGAACGCGCAGCGACGGCGGCGGCGGCGGCAGCGACGACUACGACGAAGAUGGAGGGAGAGGAGGGGUCGCGUGAGAAGGCUACGAUGGCGGAUCGCGCACGAGAGACGAAGCCGGCGGCGCGUGAGGUGAAGAAGACCAACACCAAUCUACAGAUCAAGCAGCGAACAUCCCGCAGCGCUUCCAACUCGCCGCGCGGUUCGUCGGCCGACGUUGCCGCCGGCAACCGCAAGACUCAGCAUCCGGUGGCGGCGGCGGCGAGACCGCUGACGAAGUCUCGCUCCGGCUCGCGAUCUGCCUCGAAGGAAUCGCUCUCUAUGUCUCGCGAGUCGCUCACCAGCAACCGCUCGCGCUCCCGCGACCCCACCGCGACCUCUGCCACCAAGGCGACCAAGAACGACCGCAACGUUGACAAGCUGGACAAGCCGAAGCCCAUCAGGGGGCGCCGCGUGCCGCGCACGCCCGACGACGUCAUGACGACGUCCGUUGACUCGGCGAUGAUGUCGUCGGUCGACUCCGCGAUGUUUGAUUCGUUCGUCGCCGAUCCCGCCGCCGUCGCUCCGCCUGUCGUCGCCCCCGGCAACGCGGAUGCGGUCGCCGCGACGACGACGACGACGACGACGGCGCGGGGGGAGGAGAAGAAUGCGGAGGAGGAGGCUGCGUACCGGAGGCAGGUCUCGGCAACCUCGGACAUGGGUUCGUCGAUCGACUCUCGCGUCUACGUCUCGGACUCGUGCGCGGAGGCAGGCGACGGUGACCCUGAGGUCGUCGCCACGACAACGAGAGCGACGAGGGGCUGCGCGGCGUCCGGCAUCCCGCUUCCGCGCACGCACAUCGCCAUCAAACCCAACGAGAACGUUGAUUCAGCGUCGCCCCCGGCGACCGAGGAGGAGGAUGAGGAGGAUGGGAGCAUCGUCGCCGCGACGGCGGUCGCUGGGGGGAAGCAGACGAAGAAGAGUUUUGUGUUGAGUCACAUCAUGAAGGCGAGACGAGGCGAGUGCAGCUACAUAGAGGCCGUGAAGAGACUCACGAAGAUCCCGGAGAGACGCACGCCCGACGCCGCCGCCGCCGCCGCGUCCCGUUGCCACGACGACGAGAUGCAGAUGUCGACGGAUUCCAUCGACGGCGGACAGCCGCCGUUUCCCACCAACAGGUGGAGCUGCGGGACGAUGGACGCGUCGGGGGAGUCGCUGGCGGGCGACGAGCGUUCGAGGAGAGAGCAGCGCCCCCUGGUGGACAGCAUGGAGACUUCGAUGGAGAGUCUGGCGGACGGCGGCGGCAGCGAGUCUGCCGUCACCCUUGCCUCGUCCGGCACGGUGUCGCCCGACCCGCCAGGGGGCGCCGCCGCUGCAGCCGAGCUCGGCAUGAUCGCGGAGUCGCCACCGGCGACGCCCGACUCGCUCUCCGAGCAGCGGCGCCACCUGCCGGAGACGUGUGACUUCACGGACGCGGCGGGUGACCCCACGCGAGAGUUCAAGGCGAGUCCCGACGCCGACUUCCUAUUCCUAGAGGGCGCCGCCGCAGCGGAGGCCGUUGCCGCGGCAACCGACUUUGUCUUCAUGGCCGCCGACGGCCGGCUGGUGCGCUCGCAGAUCGACGACGAGGACGCGUUACCAGGGGGCGCCGGCGCUGCGUUCGCAGACGAUGUGGAGAGUGUGGCGGAGGUCGUCGAACUGUUCAAGGUCGUGCAGACCGCGUCGCUGCGGCCAGCAGGGGGCGCCGAGCACGUGGUGACGAACGAGGACGACAUCGCUCACAUCAUGAGAGAGAGCGACAUCGAGGUCGGCAGCAGCAGUCUGACGUCAUCCUCCACCGUCGACGAGAUAUCCGACCGAAUCCUCGACCAGGGGCCGCCACCGUCGCCGCCGCAGGAACGCGGGCUCCCCCUGGAGGCGAGUCCGCGGAAGCAGGCGCGUCGGCUGACGGAGCGACGCGACUCGGUGGACAGUGUCGCCACCUACGGGUCGAGUCUGGCGUCGGACGACCUGAUGAUGGACCAGGACCUGAGCGACGUCGAACAUGAGGCGCCAUCUGAUGGCAGGACGAACAAACUCUUCAGCUCAAAGACGCAGGAGUGCGAUGUGCGGGAGCUAGAGGGCGCCACCGAUGCAGACAUGCUCCAGGAGCUGUCGACGAUGAUACAUGGCGACGCAGACAG